CACACACACACCUCUCUUGCUUAUAUGGCCAUUUGGCAGCAGUUCUCUAAGUGUACGUUGUUCGCUGUCGUCCUCGUCAGUGUUUUGGAGCAAUGUUGUUAACGCAACAAGGACCUGUCUUCACCCACUAAGAAGUCAGACUAAACACCUUUAUUCCCAUCCUGCAGCAACAAAACCUUCAAAGGCUGAUGUGAGUGAAAUGGAAGGCUAUUCAAAAAGAUUUAGACAUACCGGCUCUUUGAAAAAGACAGAAGAUGACUCUGAAAGCAGGGACUACAAGAAGUUGUAUGAGAAGGCACUGACAGAAAAUGAGAAGCUUAAAACUUGCCUGGAAGACAGCAAGCAUGAGCUGGCCAAAAUCCGUUCACAGCUAGAUAAAGUCACACAGACGCAGAACAGAAUAUCAGAAAAAUCCUGUGCAUGCGAAUCGGAGAAAUGGGAAAAACAGGCAUUGGAGAAGAGGGUUUCUAACAUGGAAGGAGAGCUUAAGAAACCAGCCCCACUGAAGUUUCGCUGUGGCUACCAGCCUUGAGUCACUCCUUGGCUGAAAUGGAAAAAAGGGGGUACAUGGUGAGUGGUCCAAACCCCUGAUGUUAACUUCUCAUAACUACUCCACAAAAAGUCAUGAAUAUGCUCACACUUUCCACUUCAAUACACUCCUUAUAUUCCUUUCUCAAUACACCUUCCUUUCUCAAUUCCUUUCUGACACCAAGAAUCUUUAUAGUUUGUAACAGUUUUAUAAGCUUCUAA